AUGAGCACAAAGUUUCUAUUUGUUGAAUCGGUGGAGAUUUUGCGGAGUACCUUACCGCAUUAUCACACCUUUUUGGAAGUGAUUUUAGUGAUUUGGCUAGCUUGGUUUAUUUCUAAAAGGCGAAGUAACAGUCAUAACUCAAUACCAUCAAAAGAAUUAGUGGAACGUAAAUUAGCAGAAUAUCAACCAGAAUCUCUAGUACCAAAACCACUGAAAGAACAUCCCUCGCUAAAUCCUAAAUAUAUCACUUCUAAAGUUGGAAAACGAAUAACAGUCAACGGUAAAGAUUGUCUCAAUUUGGGUACACAUAAUUAUUUGGGUUUAAGUGACAGUGCAGAAAUACUAGAGAGUGCAGUAACAGCUAUAAAGAAAUAUGGCGUUGGCUCUUGUGGACCACGAGGUUUUUAUGGAACUGUCGAUGUACAUCUUGAAUUAGAGGAACGCUUGGCUAAUUUUAUGAACGUAGAGGAAGCUAUUAUUUAUUCCUAUGGAUUUGCUACUAUAGCAUCUGCGAUUCCAGCUUACUGUAAACGUAAUGACUUGAUAUUCGUAGAUGAUCAAGUAAAUUUUGCAAUCCAAAAAGGAUUAGAUGCAUCUCGUGGAAAUAUCCAAUAUUUUAAGCACAAUAAUGUUCAAGAUUUACAUAAUCUUUUAAUGAAACAAAUGGAAGCAAAUAAACAAUAUCCUAAAAAAGCUGCAAAAGCUAAACGUUUCCUGAUCAUAGAAGGCAUCUAUAUGAAUACAGGAAACAUAUGUCCCUUGCCAGAAUUAUUAGAUCUUUGCAAAAAAUAUAAAUUGAGAGUUUUUAUUGACGAAUCGAUAUCAUUUGGUACCAUUGGUUUACAUGGAAAAGGUGUUACUGAAUAUUUUAAUAUUCCUAGAAAUCAGAUAGAUAUGAUAAUGGGAUCUUUAGAAGGAGCUGUAGGAACUAUUGGAGGUUUUUGUGUGGGAACAUCGUUUGUUAUUGAUCAUCAACGCUUAUCUGGACUUGGUUAUUGUUUCUCAGCAUCUCAGCCACCUCUUUUGGCAUCUGCUGCUAUCACUUCUUUAGAUAUCAUGGAAAAUAAUUUACAAAUAUUUCAAUUAUUGAAAGAUAAUGCCUUAGCAAUAGAUAGUGGUCUUAAAGAAAUAUCAAUGUUAGAGUGCUCAAGUUUUGCAGAAUCACCUUUGAAGCACAUAUAUUUAAAAAAAAAGAAAGAUCGUGCCAUUGAAGAGCAAUUACUAUUGGCAAUAUCUAAUAAAUGUGUAGAAAAUAAUUUGGCAGUUAUACUUCCUGCUUAUUUGGAAGUGGAAAAAGUUUUACCUAGACCUAGUCUUAGAAUUAGUAUAUCUGCUAAUUUGAAUAAAAGCGAUAUUAAUUCUGCAUUAAAUAUUUUGAAAAAAUGUACAGAGGAAAUUUUGUCAUUUUAUGAUUGAGAGAGAAACAAAUAAAUCGUAAAGAAA